AUGGGUGCAACAGAGCGUCUGUGGUUACUUGCUAGUUUAUGUCAGGUGGUCUUGCUGACGUGUGAACAGUAUCGGGACCCUGUUGAGGUUGAAGUUGUAUUUCAGUCUUUUCCUUCUGGCAGAGAUUCCGACACCUAUACAGUCACCUGCAGGACUGCAAGUAGCCAUCUGGUGCAUGUGGAGCCCAUUGAUCAUUCAACUUGCUCCCCUGACUGUAAAAUCUCACUUCAAUUAGUUGAGGAUCCAAGAGGAUAUAAUAUCACACUUAGAGCCAGAAGAAAUGAUACGACUGUUGAAGCAAAGACUUUUCACUUCACUCCAGUCUUCCUGUCUUCCCUUCAUGUAUACAGCACGGCAACCACUGCUCUCUUCACAUGGACACUUCACAGACAACAAAGCCUGUCCACCUUGAGUCUAUACAGCACCCACACACAAUCUGUCUCACACAUUGUCAACAUAAACUCAUCAGAGGCAAAGUCUCACUACACAGUGAAAGGUCUCCAACCUGGCACACGCUUCAAGGCUGAAGUUGUGGUGACCACAUUCCUCAAACACUUAAAAAUGAUGCUGAAGCAGAGACUCAGCUUCGGCAUGGAAACAGCUAAGUGUCCCUCUGAAUGGUUGGCCAAUGGAAGAAGCUGCUACACUGUGAGAAGGAGGGGUUUGACCUGGGGUGAUGCCCAACGCAGCUGUAAAGACCUGGCAGCUGGAAGUCACCUGAUUGAUCUGAAAACCCUGGAAGAUUGGCUUUUUAUAACCUCUCACUUGCUGAGCCACAACAACCUGCUGCUGCUGUGGAGCGGACUCAACGACCAGCAGGAGGAGGGGCGUCCUCUGUGGUCUGAUGGCUCAGCUUAUAACCAGACCAACACCAUGAUGUCACUAUUGCCAGCCAAUCAGACUGACUGUUUUGCCCUCCAGAGGAAUGCCACAGGACAAGAAUACUUUCUCACUCCAUUCUUCUGUGACAUCCCCUUACCCUUCAUCUGCCAAUAUCAGAUUCCUCCAGUCGCUGCCUCAUUCUCCUUUGAGCUGGUUCAGGUGACAGAGCAACAAGUAGAGCUUCAUUGGAGUGACCUAUCAUCCUUAAAUUCUCUUCAUCUUUCAUCUUUUGAGAUAUUCCUCCAGUACCAAGAGGAAGCAGGCGGAGAGUCCGGUCAAGGUGAAGAAAAUAGCAGUAGGAGGUCAAAGGACAAAAAGGGGACACAGAGCCAAAGCAGUGUUAAAAAAAUUGUCAGGGUCCCCAUCUUCCUCUCUUCUAGAGGGGUAACUGUGGCAGGUUUGUCUCCAGGGAGCAUCUACUCUUUCACCCUGCGAGCCUCUCAGCCUGCUAGUUCCACCUGGAGCUUGGGACAGACACGGACCGCGUACACUAGACCUCUUCCUCCUCAAAAUAUCACUGUCGGCCUCAUUACUGUCAGUCAGAUCAGUGUCCACUGGAUGCUGACAGAUGCUCCAUUAAGGCUUGGAUGGACAUUUAUUGUGCGCUGUGUGGACAUGUCUUCAAGACAAGAGAGGAUAGUUGGAAUGACCAACAUCUUCAGGUUAUCUGAGACUGGUGGGCUGCAGUCAUACACUGCUGUGAUUGGACGGUUGGAGUCUUACAGGAAAUACAGGGUUGAAGUUUACACAGUUACUCAGCAUGGGAUAGAGAGCUGUGGACCAGCAGCUGUGACUGCACAGACCGCGGUGACGGCCCCCAGCGGUCUGGAGGUGCUGAGCAUGACAGGAAAUCUGACAGUCUGCUGGAACAGUCUACCAGAUGACCCACCAGAUGGUUAUUAUAUCACAUCCAACCCACUCAUUUAUCCCACUCCUGUCUCACUUUGGGUAAAUCAGUCCAGUCCUGGUGCACACUGGGUAAACGAGUCUGUAUGUGUUAAUAUGGGCACAUUCACUCCAGGUCACACUUAUGAAGUUGGAGUGGUCUGUGUGAGGGGAAAGGACCGGAGCAAGAGGACCAGCAUCAUCCAUACCACAGAUCCAAUGCCAGUUCAGGUAGCAGUCCCCCUCUUAGUGGGCACAAACUCUGUACAACUCUACAUCCAGCAUCCACAGCUGGGUCACAUUGAUGGGGUCAAAGUGUGUGUUUGUCCAGGAGUGUGUGACAGUGUGUCUAAGGGACUGUGUGAGGAAACGUGUGACUGGUACCCCCUGCCUGCUGGUGUUCAUAUCAUAACUGUUGGAAACCUCAGCCCAGGAUCAGAGCAGCAGCUAAGGGUGUACAGCACAAGCCGAGAGAAGACAGGACCACCUUACUACACCCGCCCCAUUAGAACAGGUCUGGCUCCUCCGAACAGAGUGAGGGAAGGCAUGGUGACGGAUUCAUCCAUAGAGCUGCUCUGGGACCCAGCGCAAGGACACGCUAACAGCUACGAGGUCAUCUGCCUUAACUGUGACCAUUCAUACAUGGUGCAGAAGGUGUUCAGUCAGAGUGCAAUCUUUUCUGCUCUGACUCCGGGCAGAUUGUACCACUUUGCAGUACGAACAGAGAAGGAGUCCUUCAUAGACAGCUCCCCUGUCACCAUCAACAUCACUGCAGCACCUAGCCCAGUAGAGGUGUCUCUUGUCAACAAAAGCACAUCAUCUAUAUGCAUUUGCUGGAGUCCGGUCAGGGGAGUUGUGAGCGGACUCACCCUGUCAAUCAAAAACCAAACAUCCAGCCAGGAGCUGAUCAUUUCUCAUCAGGAGGCCAGAUCUUACUGCUUUGAAGGCCUCGCUGCCGGAGGUGAAUAUACAGUUGAAGUGAUAAGCACCAGUGGGGAAAAAAAGAGUCAACCUGCUGCUAUGAUCCUCCAUACUAUCCCAGAGGUGCCACAGGAAGUGGCUCUUUCGGAGCAGGUAGUGACGUCUGUGUUUGUCACUUGGAGACCACCACCAGGACAGGUGGAGGGUUACAAGCUUGUUUUUGGCCUGCGGUCUGUAGACAGGAAGUCAUGGAUUGAGGUGCUUGUCCGGGGCACACGUUAUGAGAUCAGGGAUUUGAUCCCAGGGUCAGACUACAGUGUCAGCAUCCAGAGCGUUCUGGGCUCAGACACCAGUCAGGCAGUCCACAGAGAGUUCAGCACACGCCCAGCAGGAUUGUGCGCCCUUCGUUUGGACAGCAUUAACUCUUCUGCUGUCUCUGUGAGCUGGGACGGUGCCAUCGGAGAGUUUGACUUUCACCGGGUCUCCGUGGCCAACACCUCAGUCACAAACACGCUCAUCGUACCCAAGGAAGAGCGGGUUGCCGUGGUUACAGGGCUGCUGGAUGGCUGCAGCUACAACUUGAGUGCUGAGAGAGUGAGAGGCGUGACAGUGGGGAGUGCUGCUUCUCUGACUAUAACCACAGUGCCAGCCCGUGUACAAGGAGUGCGUGUUGUAAAUGUGUCUGCACGUGCGUUCUCGCUACGUUGGGAGCAGGCGGCGGGUUGCGUGGAUCAUUACCAAAUCAACCUGCUACCAAACCAAGGACAAGUCACAGUGCACCCUGCACGUGACGGAUAUAUCCAGGCUGAUGUGGUUAAUGUCAGUCCGGGGUCACAAUACAGUGUAACGGUCACAGCAGCCUCCUCCCCCAACAUCAGCCCUGGAGUUAGCCGCAUGAUCAAUACUAAUGAGAGUGUUCCUCCUCCGCCUGUACCCUCAGGCCUGGAAGGAGAGCCAGUGGGCUCUAAUGGAAUUCUGCUGUCCUGGUUAAUGCCAAGUGACAUCGAUAUUGAGGGAUACAUCAUCAGGUACAAAGAGGUGUGUCCCUACCCUGAUCCCACCUUCACCCAGGUGACCAAGUACCUGGAUGUACCAGAGACACUGCUCACUGACUUCACCUCAGGUUCUACAUACCACAUUCAGGUAGCAGCCAUAGUUCCAUCUGGAAUAGGAGCCUUCAGCAAAUCUUUAUACAUAAAGACCGCUGAAUCGCCCCCCGGCCUGGUGACCAAUCUGACCGCAUUUGCUCAGAACCACACCUCUGUCUUGGUCACCUGGUUCCUGCCACACCGCAUUAACGGCCUCAUCACAAAGUUUGCUGUAAAGGCUAAACAUGCUCGUACUGGGCAGACAGUCCGCACACUGGAGGUGGAUGCAGAGGACAUCAUGACCGGAGCGCUGCCUCACUGCAAUGAUGCAGCUGAUAUCCUGUCCCGUGCCACUCUCAGCCCCUUAGAGAUAACAGCAUCGUCCUCACCCAUCACCCUCUCUGCCGUGCCCCCUGCGGCCUCCUGGAGUGUGCCCAUAUCAGUGGGAGUUGAUCAGCUACGACCUUACACCGCCUAUUUGUUCGAAGUGUCUGCCUUUACCUCUGAUGGAGAGGGACAGAUAGCCUCUACUAUGGUUCGCAUGCCCGAGUCAGCCCCAGAAGACCCCCCACAGAACUUCUCAAUACUGAAUAUGACAUCUAGAUCGAUCUCUGUGUCCUGGAGCUCUCCCAACAUUGUCACAGGAAAAUUCACCUAUGUCCUCUACCUUUAUGGACCUACAGGAUAUUUGUAUGAGAACAGCACGGGAGACACGCGCUUUGCUCUGGCUGGUUUGACCCCCUACACAAGGUACACCAUAGCGGUCCGAGCCAAAGCCGCUGGAGAAGUGGGUCCAGCAGCACAGGAUGAUGUAAUCACACCUGCCGAAGCACCAAGUGCAGUGCAGGACUUGAUGGCAGAAGCCGAGGAUUCGGUUUCAAUCCGUGUGAGUUGGAGAAUCCCUGCCCAACCCAACGGUCCCAUCACCCAGUACAAACUGCAGGUUCUGGUUGGCGAGAUUCUGCUGCAGGAAAUAACCCUCACUGCAGAAAUGAAUACAACUGAUUUGUAUGAAGAUGAGACACGUCCUCCUCAUGUCCAGAACAAUCCGGGGCGCCGUAAGAGAACUGCUGAGCUCAGUACGACCGCAUCACCAAUGACUUUCACCGCCACUAUUUCUGAUCGCACACUACUCGCUGGUAUGACUGUCUCCAGCAUCACACAAUUGGGGCAAAGAAGCACUGACCAAAUCACUAAUAUGGAUGGUCAAACAACUGCUCACUCCAUGGUCACAGAAAUGCCUGGUUACAAUUCUUCUUCACACUCUAACAGCACAGCGAUUCCGUCUUCUGACUCUGCAGUCUCUGGGACCUCUGCAUUCUCUCUCACCUCUGUGUCAGCUUCCAUGCCUCCACCCUGGCUGACAAAGCAAUCACAUGCUGGGGAUAUGACCUCAGUUUCCUCCCCCUUGGCCCUGACCCCAGGCCAGCUACGCUUGUCCACACAUGAUGCAUCAAUUACAGGACACGCUACACGUAGUGCGGCAGCUUCUGGUACCACAGGUGUAACAGUGAGAGAGGAGGUGAUGGAUGUUUUGUCCGAGGAGUUGUCUUACCUGGUGUCUGAUCUGAAUCCCUUCACCGAGUACACGUUCAGGGUCAAGGCUUACACAACAGUGGGAGAGGGUCCAGCAACAGACAUCACUGAGAAGACCAGGGAGCAGGUCCCUAGCUCAGUGCUUGAAGUAUCCUAUCAAAAUAUCAGCUCCACCUCCAUACAAGUGAACUGGGUCCCACCACUCAACCCCAAUGGACGAAUCACACAUUACACUGUCUAUGGCCUCAAACUGCACAGUAAUCAGGCCCUGAAGUGGGCUACUAACACUACCAGCAUAUUGAUAACAGAUUUGGACAAGUAUACUGGUUAUAAGCUCCGUGUAGCUGCAUCUACAGCUGUGGGAGAGAGCUCUCUGUCUGAGGAGGACGACAUCUUUGUUUUCACCUUAGAGGACGAGCCUGACUCCCCGCCUGUGAACCUCACUGUGGUUGAGACCAGCCCCUCCACUGCCACACUGACCUGGUCUCCUCCAGAACAAGCCAAUGGGAUCAUCCAACAUUAUGAAGUCCUAUAUGAAAACGAGUCCUACUCUGCAUUGAUGAACACAUCUUCUAACAGCGUCACUCUGAUGAACCUGAAGCCAUUCUCCUUCUACAACGUGACUGUGAAGGCUUACACGCGUUUCGGCCAUGGAAACCAAAUGUCAGACACUUCAUACCUGCUGUCUGGAGAAGAUGUCCCAGGCAGCCCUCCGUAUGAUGUUUCUUACGAGUCGGUCAGUCCAAGCGAGGUGAACGUGACCUGGCAGCCUCCCCUGAUACCAAACGGAGUCAUUACACACUACAGCCUGGAGUUGUGGAACUCUACUCACGACCUGAACCUCACCUCACCAACUAACUACAUCCACAUCACGCAUCUGAGGAAGUAUGCACGCUACCGCAUUAUGGUGCAAGCUCACACACGUGUCGGGCCUGGGAACUACAGCAGCGAGCCGCUCAACAUCACCACACUGGAGGACGCUCCAGACACCCCCCCUCAGUACCUCCAUGCCAGGAAGUUGUCAGACUAUGAGGUAGAGUUGUCAUGGGAACCACCACGUGAAGCCAAUUCAGACAUACUCUACUAUGUUGUCAGAGUUUGGAACGAAACGACUGAACUGUGGCAGAAUGUGACAGGGACAUCAGUGGUUAUGAAUGUGGAUUCAGAGAGCCGCUACAACGCCUCUGUAUCCAGCUGGACCAGACUGGGAGAUGGAGGAGUGCUGAUCUACAUCAGCUUCACCACCACUGAUGCAGAACCAUUUGACCCCCCGCAGAAUGUGACUUUUGCAAAUGUGACCGCCUCCUCUGUCACCUUACUGUGGCACCCGCCCUCUCAACCCAAUGGAAUCAUUGUACACUACACCUUUUACUACUCUCAGAACAACACUGUGGCUCAGCAGAGGGUUCCAGUUUCAGACUUAGCUGCCUCUGCCUCUCCUGAUUCAGCCCUCUCCUACACUCUGACUCGGCUGAUUGGGGGCACAAACUACACCCUGUGGAUGACCUCCAGCACAGUGCAGGGGGAUGGAGGAGUCCAGAGUGAGCCUCUAACCCUGUUCUUACCGGAGGACGUGCCAAGUGACUCAGUCAGGAACUUGUCUGCUCAGAUCUUCAGCUCCACAGCCAUCAUCGUCAGCUGGGACCCUCCCAUGGAGCCAAACGGCCACCCCACCUACCUGCUCACCUUACAGGAGGCUGGCCCCCCGAACGAAUCAAACCAAGGGGCUACAGCUCUUAACAAGAUCAUUAAGCAUUCCACAACUGACAAUGUCUUCCUCUUCACCCGACUCAAGAAAUAUUUCCCCUAUGUGUUCACUGUUACCCCGGCAACUGGUGCUGGGGCUGCCUACAACCACACCCGCACGCUGUAUCUGAGGACGGAUGAUGAUAUCCCCAGUUCUGCUCCAUUGCUGGUGUCCAAAAGGAACCUGUCCUCGUCCUCUAUCGCAGUGGUGUGGCAGCGCCCUCUGGAGGCCAACGGGGAGAUAACAGAGUAUACUCUCAAUGUGUUUGGCCCAGGGGGCUCCAACGUAACACACACCCCCAACACCUCCAUCAUCCUCACCAACCUACUUCCAUACACAGCUUACAAUCUCACUAUUACGGCUGCAACGCGGAAAGGCUUAGGACCUUAUCUGAUGCUGCAGCUGCACACAGAUGAAGGAGGCCCCAUGUCACCUCCCCGUAACCUGACUAUAUAUAACCACACAGCCGUCUCUGUGUGGUUGAGCUGGGAGCCUCCUCUAGAGCCCAAUGGAGUGGUGAUACAGUACGGCUUCAGGAUCCAAGACCUCAUCACACACACCGUCACACACAGGAACUCCUCUGGUUUGUCGACCACAGAGUAUCUAUCAGGCUUCAGGCCUCAUAGCUCCUACAAGAUCAGUGUUUACAGUUUCACCAGAGUGGGCCAUGGGAAUCAGUUCAGCAGCCCUGUGACCUUCACCACUAACGAGUCAGUGUCUGACGCUGUGGGGAACCUGUCUUGCUCAGGAGUGAGCUGGGAUUCAAUUAAUCUGUUUUGGGAGCUUCCAGCCAACCCUAAUGGGCAGAUCAUUUAUUAUGAGAUCAUUGUGAAAGCAGACUCGCAACCCUACACACACCAGGCUCACACACCAGAGUACACAGUGACUGGGCUGUCUUCAGACCAGGAGUACACGCUCACUGUGGCCGCAGUCAACUCUGCAGGACCCGGAGACAGGCUAAACUGUACUGCUUCCACUCUGUCCGAAUCAGCACCAUCUGCUCCUCGCUUCCUCGCCAUCUCUCAGGUCACACCGAACAAUGUGACACUCGAGUGGGCUCCACCGCUUUCUGUUCCAGGCCUGCUGAAAGAAUACCAAGUCAUUGCACAGCUGCUUUCAACUGUUUGUGAACCAAACAAACUAACUACUGCACAGCCAGCCCCAGAGGACAAACGGACCUCAGACUGCGUGGACUCUCACUUCACGAUGUCGGUGAAUGCUUCGGACGGCACUGAAGAGAGCUACAGUGUCACGCUCCAGUCUGUUUCUAAGUACAGAUACUACCGCUUCAAAGUGGCUGCUGUAACCAAUGCUGGAGUUGGAGAAUACACGCACUGGAGUUACAUACGUACCCUGGCUGGAAACCCUGAUGACCCUCCCCGUGACCUGAAAGUGACUCCCACCUCCAAUGGCCUUCACAUUGCAUGGGCUGCUCCAGCUGUUCUCUCUGGACCCACUUCAUAUCUUGUGCAGGUGGACGGCCCUGGUUUGAAUAUCUCGGCGGUCAGAGCUCCAGAGGAGCUGACAACUUUCGUUGUGACUAAUUUGACUGCUUUCACUUGCUACUUUGUGACCAUCACUGCCUUCACCGGUCGAUUGGAGAAUGCUGCCAGCGAUGGGAAAGCCAUCGGACCUAUUGAAUUUCGAACACUGGAGGAGGAGCCCAGAGACCCUCCCAAGAAUGUGAUAGUAUCAGUGAUGCCAGAGGAAGUGAACCGUGUGAAGGUGACUUUCACCCCUCCAGAGGAGCCCAAUGGAAACAUAACAGCUUACUAUGUUUACAUCUAUGAAAAGGACCAGCUGGUCAAGAACAUCAGUCUUAAUAUAACCCAGCGAGACCAGAAUCAGCUGACUGGUGUCAUAGAGGGCCUGAAGGGAGGACUCAGUUACAGCAUACAGAUUUCAGCAAAGAACGGAGCUGGUCGAAGCCCACUCAGCCCACAUGUCCAGAUAAUUACAGGGAUCAGAGCCCCAGCCAAGCCAACCCAAAGACCCCAGGCAGUGCUGGGCCAUGGAGGGGUUGCCAUGGUAACCCACAGGAGUAUCACCAUCCACAUGCCUGCCUGUUUCUAUAGUGAUGACAAUGGACCAAUCAGAAAAAUUCAGGUCAUCGUGGCCGAGUCAGGGGUGAAGGACAUCCACAACCUCACCAACUGGAAGAAUGCUUUUUUUGAUCGUCCAGCCCCGUACCUGACUGACAAGGGCUUCCCCAACCCGCCAUGUUUCCUGGGAGAUGGGGUGUCGCGCACAGACAAACACGUCACACGCAGUAUGUCCGGAGGCGGCCGGCUUCUGGUGAGGCACAAUCGCACUGCAGCAACAACGUACGUGAUCGGAGGGGACGACGAAUGUAUAAAGGAAAACAACACUGAACAUUUCUGCAACGGACCUCUGAAGCCAAACACAGUCUACGUGUUUAAGUUCAGAGCCACUAACAUCAAUGACCAAUACACAGACUCAGAGUAUUCAGAGCAUGUCAAAACUGCAGUGGACGGGCUGUUGACCAGAGAUGAGCAGAUCAUUCUGGGUGUCCUGCUCUCCUUCUCCUUGGCUUUGUUGCUAAUCAUCAUCAUCUGUUGCUCAGUCAAGAUCCAUCAGCGCAAAAAGGAGGGAGGGACUUAUUCACCCAGAGAGGCAGAGAUCAUAGAGACCAAGUGUAAGCUGGAUCAGCUGAUCGCUGUGGCAGAUCUGGAGCUGAAACAAGAAAAACUCAACCGGUAUUCAUCUUUCUUCUUUAGGCGGAAGGAGAUUUAUGUGAUCCAGCUGCUCAGUUACAGGAAAUCACUCAAGCCUGUCAACAAGAGGUCUUUCCUGCAGCAUGUAGAGGAUCUGUGUGCCACUGACAAUGCCAAGUUCCAAGAGGAGUUUGCUGAGCUUCCAAAACUGCUGCAAGACCUGGCCACCACUGACGCCGACCUGCCCUGGAACAAAUCCAAAAACCGCUUUCCCAACAUCAAACCUUACAAUAACAAUCGAGUGAAGCUUCUGUCAGAACCGGGUACCACGGGCUCUGACUACAUCAACGCCAGCUUUGUCUCAGGCUACCUCUGUCCCAAUGAGUUCAUUGCCACCCAAGGUCCUCUGCCUGGCACGGUGGCUGACUUCUGGAGGAUGAUCUGGGAAACUGGAACACGCACCAUUGCCAUGCUCACGCAGUGUUAUGAGAAAGGGAGAAUUCGGUGUCACAAGUACUGGCCAGAGGACAAUAAACCGAUGUCAGUGUUUAGUGACAUUCUCAUCUCAAAAGUGUCAGAGGAAGUCCUUCCUGAUUGGACGGUCAGAACCCUUAAAGUAGAAAAGCACGGGCACUAUAUUCUGGUUCGCCACUUCAACUACACAUCGUGGCCAGAGCACGGAGUCCCAGAAUCCUGCAGCACUCUCAUUAAGUUUGUCAUAGCUGUCCGAGCCCACAGACACGACAACACCACUAUAGUGGUCCACUGCAGUGCUGGUGUGGGCAGAACAGGUGUGUUCAUCGCUCUCGACCAUCUCAUUCAGCACGUCAGAGAUCAUGACUUUGUGGAUAUUUACGGCCUGGUGGCUGAGCUCCGCAGCGAGAGGAUGUGCAUGGUGCAGAAUUUGGCCCAGUACAUCUUCCUGCACCAAAGUACGCUGGAGCUUCUAAACAACAAAGGCAACAGCCAAUCCAUCUGGUUUGUCAGCUAUUCUGCUCUGGAGAAGAUGGACUCCCUGGAUGCCAUGGAAGGUGAUGUUGAGUUGGAAUGGGAAGAAACCACGAUGUAAAGACUAAGCACGGACUCCGUUGCCUGGGGGAGUGACCCUUCAUAUUUGGAGGUCAUUGGGACACGACCGCCGUACAGACUCUGGACUGGACCACACAAGGUUAGAGGGAGGAGGAGAAACAGGAAGCAAACAGCGCAGGUUGAACUGAGCGAUCUGUCAGUCGAAUAAGACUUUGUUGCUUCACUUCAACCCACUUCUCAGCACAGUCCUCCUUUAGUGAGCCUCUUGUCCACUUGCUUUCAAAGAGAGUGAGAGAAACAAAAGGGAAACCGGAGACAAAGAGUAUUAGAAGUGA